AUGGACGUGAACCAGGUUCUUGAAGGGACCCUAUCCCCGGACGUGACUGUCCGCACGAAUGCCGAACAACAGCUGACCCAGGCCGCCGAGGCGGAUUUCUCCGGCUACCUCACUACACUCGCUCAAGAGCUUGCAAACGAGCAAGCGCCGUCACACAUCCGUCAAGCCGCGGCUCUCGCCCUCAAGAACUCUUUCUCCGCUCGCGAAUAUGCCCGGUUACGACAGGUUCAACAGCGGUGGCUUACACAGAUUGAUGCGAACAUCAAGAGCUCCGUGAAGAACCUCACACUCAAGACGCUGUCAUCUCCCGAUGCGAGGGCGGGGCAGGCAGCGGCGCAGUUCCUCGCAUCGAUCGCCGCUAUCGAAAUCCCUCGCCAACAAUGGCCAGAGCUUAUGCCUACCCUGGUGCAAAAUGUUGGCGAAGGGCAGGAUCAUCAGAAGCAAGCUUCUUUGACGGCUAUUGGCUACAUCUGCGAAACCGAGGAUGUCGAACUUCGGGAAAGCCUUACAGCACACUCAAACGCCAUUCUUACUGCGGUGGUGCAAGGAGCUAGGAAGGAAGAGCAAAACGACGAUGUGCGGAGCGCGGCUAUCCAAGCACUGAGCGACUCGCUUGAGUUCGUGCGGACAAACUUUGAGAACGAAGGCGAGCGGAACUACAUCAUGCAAGUUAUUUGCGAAGCAACACAAGCAUCAGAUAUUCGGAUACAACAGGGCGCAUAUGGCUGUCUGAACAGGAUCAUGGGCUUGUACUAUGACAAGAUGCGGUUCUAUAUGGAGAAGGCUCUGUUUGGUCUGACGAUUCAGGGCAUGAAGAGCGAAGAGGAGGAUGUUGCCAAGCUCGCAGUCGAGUUUUGGUGUACUGUUUGCGAGGAGGAAAUCUCGAUAGAGGACGACAACGCUCAGGCCACUGCUGAGGGCUCUACCGAAACACGACCGUACUUCAACUUCGCUCGCGUUGCGACACAGGAGGUUGUACCUGUUCUGCUAGAGCUCCUUGCAAAGCAGGACGAGGAUGCAGCUGACGACGAGUAUAACGUCUCACGCGCGGCCUACCAAUGCCUGCAGCUUUGGUCGCAGACGGUCGGCAGCACCAUCGUUCCUCCUGUACUGCAAUUUGUUGAGCGGCACUUGCGGUCGGAAGACUGGCAUUAUCGGGAUGCCGCUGUAUCUGCAUUCGGAGCCAUUAUGGAGGGACCCGACGAGAAGAUGCUGGAUCCGCUAGUCAAGCAAGCUCUCCCCGUACUGAUUCAGAUGAUGGACGAUUCGGUUGUGCAAGUCAAAGACUCAGCAGCCUAUGCUCUAGGCCGCAUUUGCGAGACUUGCUCAGAGUCGAUCGAGCCUUCAAUGCACCUCCAGCCUCUUAUCACAUCGCUCUUCCAAGGCCUAUCGAGCCAUCCCAAGAUGGCGUCCUCAUGCUGCUGGGCUCUAAUGAACCUUGCAGAACGCUUUGCAGGAGAGCCCGGCUGCCAGGAGAACCCUCUGUCACCGCAUUUCCAGGCUUGUGUUACUCACCUGUUGCAGGUGACUGAGAGGGGCGAUGCUGACAACCAGCUGCGAACUGCCGCUUACGAAGUUCUGAAUGCCUUCAUUACGAACGCGGCCAACGACAGCCUCCCUAUCGUUGCUUCGAUGUCUGACGUAGUCUUAGAGCGCUUGGAGAAGACGAUUCCCCUGCAGCAGCAGGUGGUGAGUGUAGAGGACAAGCUGACUCUUGAAGAGAUGCAGACGAGCUUGAGCAGCGUGGUCAUGGCCAUCAUCCAGCGACUCGAUGUCGAAAUCAAGCCUCAAGCCGACCGCAUCAUGCAAAUCCUGCUGCAGCUCCUCAGCACAGUCGGGGCCAAGUCCAGUGUACCGGACACGGUCUUUGCAGCGAUCGGUGCCCUAGCAAAUGCACUGGAAGGGGACUUCCUGAAGUACAUGGAUGCUUUCGUUCCAUACCUAUACAACGCGCUCGGCAAUCAGGAAGAGCCAAGCCUGUGCGCUAUGGCAAUUGGUCUCGUCAGCGACAUCACUCGAGCCCUUGGCGAAAAGGUGCAGCCUUACUGCGAUACGUUCAUGAACUAUCUUCUCAACAACCUACGAAGCACAGUCCUUGGCAACCAAUUCAAGCCAGCUAUCCUACAAUGCUUUGGGGAUAUUGCACAGGCCAUCGGAGGUCACUUCGAGACAUACCUUCCGAUUGUUGCUCAAGUCUUACAGCAAGCCGCUGGUAUCAACAUCAAUGAGCAAACCUCCUACGAGAUGCUUGACUACGUCGUCUCGCUCCGGGAAGGUAUCAUGGACGCCUGGGACGGGGCCAUUGUUGCUAUGAAGAGCGGAGGCAAAGCACAACUACUGGCACCCUAUGUCGAGUCAAUCUUCCAGCUACUACAGAUUGUCUACACGGAUCCCAACCGCACUGAGGCUCUGCUGCGAUCUUCUAUGGGUGUUGUUGGUGACCUUGCGGACGCGUUCCCCAACGGCGAAUACGCGGAAGCCUUCCGUGCUGAUUGGCUCACUGUAAUGGCCAAAGAAGUCCGCUCGAACCGCGAAUUCCAACAGCGGACUCAGGACACAGCCCGCUGGGCACGCGAGCAGAUCAAGCGGCAGAUUGGUACGAAUGCCUUCACUCCCUUCCGGUUCUCAACACCUGAGUUCCCGUCUCCGGCAUCUUCAACCAACUCCAUCCGCUAUAUACCCAGUCAGCACUAA